ACAGCUUCUUCCCUCCUCUCCGCCGCUGGAAGCUCAGUUGACCAGCGUCGCAACUGAGCGAUGCGCCUCCUGGAGAGCCUCUUUUUUUUAAACGCUAGAUUUGACAUUCACGCCGCAGAGUAUCCUGCAUUCUUACAUCUGAAUGACACAUAGUUUUCUUUCUCUUCACUGUUCAUUUUUAUUUUACAUAAUAGUCAUUUUGUUAAAAAAUAUACCCAGGACAAGGUUUUCCAUUGCAUAUGUGAAAACUGACCACUACCAAUAGACAUUUUAUCUUCCGAACGAUCCCCUGAGGGGAGGAUUUGUUUUUUAAAAAUAGAGAUUUCUUUUAUUUUGUAAGCAGCUAGUAAAAACUGAUAACUCAGAUGAAGAUGAUGCAGGAAACGUCGGACACACUCGCUUGAUUUUGGUGAAUUCUGAACUCACAGUGCAAACACUGAAGAACCUAAAGCAUCUUCAGGCAAACUACAAGGAGCAGAUCUGCCUUACUCUACAGGCUGUUACAAGCAAUAAUCAGCGGCAAUGUUGUCUGUGGAUGAGCCACUGGACCUGAAGCUUCCAUCAGGACGAACACACGGUCCAGCGAUACUGGGAAAGAGGAGCUGCCCUUCCUCUAUUUGUGCCCACGUCAGCGCCAAACGACCACGGCUACAGUGUACGACUUUUCCAUCCCCUCCCUCCUCCCCAGAUUCCCUGUCUUCCUCACAAGAACGACCUGGGUCCUGCUUCACCCCUCCAGCCAUGGACCUCAGCCUGUCCCCCUCCUCCCGCCAUGCCGCUUCUCUCUCCCCAUCCCCUUCUUCCCCGUCCUCCCUCCCUCCGUCCUCUCCCAUGGAGUCCCCACACAACAGCAGCAGCCCUCAGCCGCAUCUCUUCUCUCGGGAAGCAGCUUUUCACCGAGGCGUGGAACCUGCAGCUUCACCGCAGGGCUAUCCGUUUUAUCUCCCAGUUAGAAGUCCACCGAGAAGCUACAGCUUUCCCUCUUCCAUGUUCAUCAGCCAGACUCGAGAAAAGCCAGUUUCUCCAGAACCCUCCAUGGAUGCUCAGUUGGCCUGCCGUUGGAUGAAGUGCCACUUGCUGUUUGAUUCGCUGCAGGAUUUGGUGGAUCACAUCAAUGACUUCCAUGUCAAGCCUGAAAAGGAUUCUGGGUACUGCUGCCAGUGGGAAGGCUGUGCUCGAAAUGGGAGAGGCUUCAAUGCCAGGUACAAAAUGCUGAUUCAUAUCCGUACCCACACCAAUGAGAAGCCACACCAUUGCCCCACCUGUAACAAGAGCUUCUCACGUCUGGAGAACCUGAAGAUACACACCCGCUCACACACAGGGGAAAAGCCUUACAUCUGUCCUUAUGAAGGUUGCAGCAAGCGCUACUCCAACUCUAGUGACCGCUUCAAGCACACUCGCACCCACUACGUGGACAAGCCUUACUACUGCAAGAUGGCAGGCUGCCUGAAGCGCUAUACGGACCCCAGCUCCCUGCGUAAGCACAUCAAAGCCCAUGGGCACUUUGUUGCCCAGGAGCCAGGCACUUCAAGCAGGUCGGGGACAGGGCUGGGCCUUCCUGGCCACCAGAGUCCCACUGAACAGCCCUCUGUAAGCGGAGCUCCUGUCAUCAUUCCCGGGGCUGCUGCAGCUCUGCUUGGGGGCUUUGGGACCUCCUUGCCACUCUCUGCUUUCUGCCAUGCCAGAGCCCUAGGCCACCAUGGGGCACCACUCUUUUCCAUGGGUGGAGGAGGAAGCAUGGGACCGCUCAGCCUUUCAGACUCCCCACUGUUGCGCUUUGGACUUUCAGCUGCCUCGAUGUUCGGGUUGGGCACUUUGGGAGGUCUGGGGCAGGUGGCAAGAAGGGAGCCAGAGGACGGAGAGGAAUCAGAGGAAGGAGAGGAAGGGGAAGCGCUGAACCUCUCUGCAGGGGUGGGGCUGAGACGAAGUGACGCUUUGUCCUGGGUCGUUGUUCCAUCAAGGGCGCUACUCCUCAAACCAGCUGUUGUCAGUUAGAAUGAGCCCUCAGCAAUUCACAGAACCAGGGAGUUUGUGUUUUUCCAGCCCACCUUCACUACCAGGGUGUCAGAUAUUACCAUAUUCACUAGAAGUCACUAGCAUCUCACAGGGAUACGUACAAGAUACCCUUUAGGGGUUUGUUCAUUAAAGAGGUCUCGUAAUGAACAAACCCUGACAGGGCUUUUUUGUACUGUAUUACAGUAAGGUUUUACACCAUGCACGAUUUAGCUGUCUCAACUUUGAAAAGGUCAGUUCACCCAUAUUGCAAAGAAAAAAAAGGUAGGUCACUAACGGGAGCACGCAGACCCAUUUUGUAUUUUCUGUCAUUGACCUCAGAUAUCUCUAUAAUUGUAUAAAAAAAGUAUACAAUUAUAGUAUACAAAGUAUACAAAAAGUUUCUCUAUUUGAAAUAGUCUUGAGAGCUUGAAAAAAGAAGGCAAUUGGACUUCUUUAGGUUUAUGAAGAUGUUUCACGUCCUAUACAAGAGGCUUCAUCUGUGCUAAGAACAAAAGGUGGAGAGUCCCUGGUCGGGGUUAUCUCCUUUGGACGUGGUCCUGAAGGUUGUUGAUCCACUACUGAUUAUGUAAGUUGCCACAUGAGCCAAGGUAUGAGGCAAGGUGUGAGUGGGGGUUGAAGUGCCUGGGAAGGGAUAUCAAGACUACACUGAUAGCUGGUAUUAUCACCUCUGUUCAGUGAUGGUCCUUUACUCCACUUUCAGACAGUUGCUAGUAGGCUUGAUAAAAACGAUGUACCCACUUGGUGUGGUUGACGUAGGCACAGUGACAUGGCCCAUUGGUCUGUGGACUAGUUUUGGAGCCUCAAGUGUGGCAUUUUGAGUUUGUCUGGUUUAACUGCUCGAUCUCUGGUUUUAAAACCAUGUACGAUGAGCAAGAAAACCAGAGCAUGCUCAUACAGUAGUGACAAGGCUUUAAAGUAUACCCACCUUGACUGGUUAUUUUACUCUAAAUCUGACCAUAAUUUACCCAGUUAACAUCAUGCUGCACUGAAAAAGAAUGUAAACUCACCAGGAAUAUGUUUACUGAGCUAAUGAUUCUUGUCAACAGAAAAAAAAAAAAAAGUUAAAAUGUAGACUUGCCCUUUUAUACACUCAAUUUCUUUUUAGGAGUAUAGUUAAGAUGGCUAACAAGGUAAUAUUUAAUGCAUGCUAACCAUUAGCAUGUAAAGUGUCCAUGCUUCAUGCAUGCUGAUGUCAUCAUUUGUCUGGUCUGUAACAGCCUGUAACAGGCUGUUACAGACCAGCUUUGUAGCUGUAACAGCUACAAAGAGCGUUUAGCCUGUCCUGUUAGAGGGUUAUGAGCCCUACAUAUUAACCUCAGUUUAACUACAAAGAGGAAAAAAAACACAUGGUUGCACAGCUAGAUACCAUGUAAAUUAGGGAAUAUCUUUAAUUUGGGUGAACUGAGCCUUUGGUAUGCCCUGACUCAUAUCUUUUUCUUUUCAUCUACACCUUGUUUUUACUAAUGUUUUUUCAGCAGACAAUCUCCUGGAUUCGAUUUUCCAAACCUGCUAAGCAGAAACAGCUGGCACCUUGACCAUUGUGUAGUUUCUAAGCUUGACAACCCCCCCACUGAGUGCCUCCGCUGACUCAGAUUGUUUGCUCAUCAAUGAGGCUGGGAGGGAACCAGGAUUGUGGGGAGCAACAGGAAAUGCAGUCCAUACACAAAGACUUUCGUGUAACACUAAAAUACACAGUGCGGACUUCUUUAAGAGCUACCUUUUUUACAUUUUAUUUUAUUUUAGCAAAGCUGUUUAAACAAUAUUUAUGUGUAUGAAAUGCAAUUAUGUGUUUUUGAAAUGGAUUUUGCACAGCAGUCUGCUACAGAUUGUACUUAAGUCGAUUUGGAAUCAAAAGCUUUGACUCACUCUCAUUGUGUAAAGGUUCCUAUGGUUUCAGUUUGGUACAUCAGCUGCUAGGUGCAAUACGUACCCCCUCACUUGCUUCAUUUCCCAGCCAACAGCAAGCAGAAUAAUUGCCUUGCCUCCAAACCUCGAGGAAAGCUAAACCACCGGAGGCCUCAUGCUAGACAGGACAAUUUCAGUAGCCAUCUCACUGACUUACACAUUGAAACGUGCUCAGUGUGUCUCUCAGCUCCACUGCUGUUUAUUUUAGCUCACAUUUGGAACACAGUGAUGUGUGACUAUAUGGCUGACCAUGUGAUUUUUCUAGUCGCAAGAAGAAAAAAACAAAAAGUGAAGGGUGGAACUCCUUUGCUUGCAGUUUAUCCCAGCUUAGUGUUGUACUAAUCACUCCAAGACAAUGAUCUCAACAGGAUCAGCCCUGCCUUUGAAAUAUCUGAAGGAAACAUUCCAAUAAGUAGACAAAGGUGUGUAUAUGGCGGCAAUGAUUACACAUUAACUUUAAACAAACACUGAGGUGGGACAUGGUACAUAAGAAGAAACAGUGGGUCUGUCUUUUAGGGGAAAGGAAGGAUAAAUGUUUGACGAUGGCCACAUGUGGCCAGUAUCUGUUGCUCUAUCUUGUAUUCCUGUUUGCACAUCCUGAUCAGUAUUUCAAAGGUACCCAAGUAAGUGCCUUGUGUUUCAGCUGAAAUAUAUCACUCAGCAUAUGGAACAUAUGUACUCAGAUGUAAAGUGAAUAAAUAUACUAUUUUUUUUAAAAAUACAUUUUAGAAAACCUUAAACUUUUUACAGGCUUGACAACAGAUGUGACUUGUACAUCAGGGCUGCUGCAACACCUUCCAAGGAUGUCACCAGUGUCUAUGACUAUGACAAUGACUCAGUGUCAAUAAAAACAGUAAAGGAGAGGGCGUAUUAUCAGUUUUUUUGUGUUGUAACAUUUUAUUUACUUUAGAAGUUUGAAGACCCAUACAGUGGUGCACGCUGGUGUGGUGGUUAGCACUGCUGCCUCACAGUUAGAGUAACGUUUGAAAAGCCUGGGUUCGAUUCCACCUUGGCCCAGGUCUCUCUCUCUCUGUGUGUGUGGAGUUUGCAUGUUCUCCCCCUUAUACCACCUGAAUGUUACUGAUAGCUCAAAAGAGAAAAAAAAAAUAGUCUUGGCACUUUGAGACUAAGUGAGUUAUAAUUUUACAUCUCCACAAAUAAACAUGCCAUAUGAACCAUAAACAGUCUCUGAUGGGAUUUGGAAUGCCUCGGCCACAAAAUAUGAAUAAUAACACAGUUUUACAGGAAUAACAUAGUAUUUGUGUACCAACAAGUCAACUCCCAAAGAACUAUUAGCCAAAAACUUAGCAUACCUCAGCAUGGUGUGCAGUGUGUCCUUAAGCAAUCUGAGGAAACUGGACAAGUGGAGGAUAAAAGAAGUCGCACUCCUAAAAAGAACUAUCUAUAGCAGAUGAGCAGAAUCUGAAAGUCGUGCCCUUAAGAAAAAAAUCCAACAAAGACCUGAAAUGGGACCUGAGAGAUGCAUCUGGCCCUUCAGCUGAGCCAUCUACUGCUCACUGAAGCCUCAUCAGAAAUGCUCUCAGUGGAAGGCUUAGUGAUGGACUGGUGGAGACCUUUGCACAAUACUUCAUGAUAUCUGUGGCUGCCUCUUUCCAUGGUUUACUAUAAGAAUAGAGACAUUUUCAAAACUUCAAGUGUGAUGAGUGAAUGUAAGGAAGGCCUAACAUGUUUGAUCGGCUUAGUGAACUAAAUAAAAGAUCAGUUUGAAAUUCA